ACCCAGCUCCUCUCAUUUAUUUAUGUGGUCUGUGUUGUUCCCUUUCUUUUUUUUUAAGUCUUAUUUAAAAGUGCUUUACCUUGUCUUGUUGGCAGUUUCUCUCCAUCUGAUGAGGUCUGCAAUUACAUCUCACCAAAACUGGUCACUCUACAAUUACAUGCUCCACCACAGAAUCUAACUCCCCCCUUCCUCUGAACAGCACUGCUGCUCAUAUGGCAGACCGAAAUAGAAUAGUUUCAUGUCUGUUUGGAUGGCGGCCCAGCUGAAACUAUGCUCCGCUGCUUGACUGACAUGUGGGCUUUUUCUCCCCAAGACAAACCUUUAAGGCCAGUCACGUUCAGACUCUGAGCAGUUCGACUCCAGCAGGCUUUGGUGGUGGUUGGCCCAGCUGGGCUCCGAGACGGGAGUCAGAACGAGACGGAGACAGAGUUAGAGUGAGUGGAAGAGAGGACGGAGACAGACGGUUUGCAGUGAAGAGGACAAGAACCAGGGCCUGUAACUAUGAACCCUCUUGGGAACACUUAACCUCUCAGUCAGUGACCAAGAGAAUGGGUGCUGAGCUGAAGUAAGAUGGCCGCAGACAGGAUGGCGACUCCUCAGAGCAGCUCCAGACAGAGCAGCUCGCUCUCUUCAUCUCCAAUGAGUACCCGCAUGCAGUCUCUCCAGGUCGACUCAGUCCAGCGCUGGAUGGAGGACCUCCGCCACAUGACGGAGGUAGAGUGUAUGUGUGUCCUCCAGGCCAAACCCAUCGGAGUGGAGGAGGACGCCCAGCAGGGAGAGCUGAUUGUGGCGUCUGGGGUUGGCGCAGGGGACCACGUGGCCAGGAACAACCUUCAGACCCUCCUGCGGCGUGCGCUGGUCGUCAGCACGGAGCUCGGCAAGAUGUUCCAGAGACUGGAGAAAGGACGCUGGCAGCGGGUCCACAGCACCGCCGUGAGGGCGAACUGCCACGUGCGCUCGCUGGUGCACGAGUACAGCGCCGCCCGAAGCACACCACCUGACAUGCAGAAGUAUGAGAAAUCUCUGCUGGAAAAGUGCAUGGAGCUGACCAAUAUUACAGAAAGGUGUCUUCACACAGACGAUAAGUUCUUCCUGAAGUCAAUGAGGGACGCCAUCCAUGAGAUUCUUACAGACGUCAGCGAUUCCUUCAGCAACAUGAUCGACAUGGCUUUGGCCAAUGAGAUCAGGGUCCUUAUCAAACAGAUCGACUCAUCGGACAACGUUCACACCAUCAGCAGUGCCAUCAGCAACCUGCUGUCCCUCACCCAGGAUGGGCCUCAGCUCUGCAGCAUCAUUGCCAAGGAAGGAGCUGUGGUGGCCCUGUUUAAGAUCUGCAGGCAGGACCGCUUCAGAGACCUCUACGCUCACGCCCUGAGGACUGUGGCCUCCAUCUGCUGCGUGGAGGAGGGCAUCAACCAGCUGGACCAGGUGGAUGGGAUCUUGUGCCUGGCGGACAUCUUGACCGAUGAGAGCAGCGUGGAAGCAGCCAGGGCCGAAGCAGCGGCGGUCGUGGCUCAGAUCACCUCACCUCACCACACGUCCACUCAGCACCUCGCCAGCUUCCUGGAGAGCAUGCACGACAUCGUCACCGCGCUCAUCAAGUUGUGCGAGAGCGCCUCCUGUGGUGAAGUGUUCCUCCUGGCAUCUGCAGCCUUGGCCAAUAUCACCUUCUUCGACAGCAUGGCCUGUGAGAUCCUCCUGCAGCUGAAUGCCAUCCAGAUCCUGUUGCAGGCCUGCAGAGAUCGCCAGAGGGUCGACACGCCCUACUCCAAAGACCAGGUGGUGACAAUCUUGGCAAACCUGUCAGUCUUAGAGCAGUGUGCUUCUGAAGUCCUGCAAGAACAAGGAAUAGAACGACUGCUGCUGCUGCUGGGAGAGAAGCCAUCCUCCCCCAGUCCAUCAGAGGGCGCCGCCUGCGAGCGUGUUCAGCAGAAAGCUGCUGUCACACUGGCCCGUCUGAGCAGAGAUAAUGAUGUGGCCCAAACUGCCAUCCAGCUAAAAGCUGUUCCCCGUCUUAUCGAACUGUGUCGCUCCCCUACUGAGAGAAAUAACAGCGACUCAGUUCUGGUCGCUUGCCUGGCUGCCUUGAGGAGGCUGGCAGCAGGGUGUCCUGACAGCAUCGAGGCAGCCGACCACCAGCAGCUGAUCAAACCGCGGCUGGUCGACUCCUUCCUGCUGUGUUCCAACAUGGAGGAGAGCUUUGUAUGACGGCCUGCACAUCGAACUCGUGCACAUAAUGACACAGAGAGGACAAAUGAGCGGUUUCACUACAAAACAUUGUAUCCGUUUCCCAAGAUAGGAGCUUUGGUUCGUCACUCCCAGUGUCCCAAAUAGAUUGAUUUGUCCAGAAGUCAUACUGGACAUCAAGACUUUGAGCAGGUGGGCUGAAAAUGUACAUACAUUUGUUACCUGAAGCAACUCAGCGAUUACAUUAAAUGCAAUGAAUGUGUAAGGUGUUCUAGUUACAAAAAGGUCAUUAUUUUGUUCAACAGUAAAGUUAUCAGUAAUUGUUUUGUACGACUUCAGUGAAAGUAUAACCUGUUCUGAAAUGAAAGUUUAUAUGCUACCGCUGUGCAAUUUAUUUGAUAUUGUCUGAACACGUUGUAUCCAGAGCAUUUUGGCUAUCUGACAACAGAAAAAGAUCCUUCACACAAGUGGAUAAUACAAACACAAAUGAUCAUCUCAAGAUGUUUGUAUGGUUACAUUUCUCAAGCCUUUUUGUGUUGGUCUGUUAAAAAAGCAGCCACUUCAUUUGGAUAGCCAUUUACGGCUACAUUAAUAGAGUUCAGACUAUUACACGGUUGUUAUUUGAGUAUUUUAAUUGACAGGGCACUAUUAGUAUUUAAAAUUUUUGAAUGGGGGCAUAUAGUUUUGAAUUUGAAUAUAGAAAUGUUUUUUUAUUUAAAGAGAAUUACCAUUAUUGUAUGCAAUGCAUGGAAUAAAGGCAAUCAUCUACCUAA